AUGGAGCGACCGCCGUCUUCAAGGCCGAAAACUUCGGCUGGACGAGCCGCUUCAGCUCGUUCUCGUCAACCUGCACCCACCAAUGGUCAGCAUUUUUCGAAAUUGAGAACUUUUUUUCGAUAACUGAUUGAGGGUUUAUCAAUUUAUCAAGUUCUUUUAAAAACUUGAAAAGAAAAGAUUUAAAAAAAAAGGAAGGAAAAAAAAAGAGAAAAACUACAAGUUUUCAUGGUUGAGUCGUUUAGAAUAUCCUGGCCUUUACGUGAAUUUUUCACUUGUUCUUUUAUCUUUUUUCCUUUUUUUUUUAGUUUUAGAAAACUAAUCAAGUCUUUUUGUUCUCAUGCGUACGUAGAAGAUGUUUUCGAAAAAAAAAUUUUCGCUUUUUUUCUCAUUAACUUCCAAGGAAAAAGAUGUGGAAAAUAAUCAUUUUGCUUUUCAAUGGCGGUUUUUUUCCAGUUUAGAGUCAAUUUUUUUUUUUGCUUUAAGUUGUAUUAUAAGAUGUGUCGAAAAUAGUGCUCUUACAAAUAAUGAAAAAAACUCCAAAGUAGAAUGAAUAACUUCGUAGCGGAAGAUAUAUAAUAAUCACUUUUUCUUCAAAGUUUUUUUGUAUAUUUGAAGAACGUAUUAAAAGUCCAUAAAAAAAUUUUUUUCCCUUUUUAUUUUUCUCUAUUUGUAAUUUACUCUCAAAAUAAUAGUUGAAGGCUCGGUUCCAUCCGGUAUGCGGCCGCCAUCCCGCCAAACAAUGUCGCGAAUGGGCACCGCGAUGGGAAACGGAAAUAUUCCUCAGCCGCCACCUCGCUCCAGUUUGGGUGACUUUUCAAUUCAAAAAUAACAGAAAAAAAAAGUUUCACGAGGGUACUUUUCUAGCCCCCGGAUGGAAUUUCGGAUAAUCAAUUCAGAGGAGACUUUUACAGCUGAUUCCACAACAAAAAAGUUUCUUGCACUUUUACCAAAGGGGACUAGAAAAUAUCCCUUUUUAGCGGGAAAAAUAUUUGAUGUUCAAUCAAAACUGCAAAUAAAAUCAUUCUUUAUUUGAUUUUCAAUUUUGAAGGUCAACGAAUCGGUAGCUCGGCCAUGCAGCGAGUUCCCACAGCUGUGAGUUUGAAUUAUGUCGUUGAAAGUAGAAAAGAUGAAUCCAGAGUUUUUUCUUGGCAUUCCUGAGCCUUUCAGAUGAGAUUUUCAAAAGACCUUGAUUAGAGUGAAAGGUAGGAGUCAAUAUAAUUUUUCCGUUUGCUCCGAUAUUCUGUGUUUUUAUUAUUUUUAGAUCUUCAUUUGCUUCUUAAGAGAUUUUUAAAACCAUUUUCUGUUUUUUUAAAAAAACGCGCAGUAAAAAAGAAAAAUUUUUUUCGCUUCGAGAGGAGGGGGGGUUAAUUAACCGUAAGGCAAGAAUUUUUUAAAUGCUUUUUCAGUAGUGAAAUUUCAUUGAGAAGUAGAAAAUAGUAGUUUUUCGGUCCCGCUUUCAUUAUUUCCUCUUUCAAGGAGAUAUUUCUUGGAACUAUUUGAAAAAACCUGAACUUUUAGCCGAGUUGAACGAGAAAUUCCUCUUCGGAGAACUAGAACCUGGGACAGUCUUACUGUCAGACAGGAUCACUACCAGCUGAGCUACAUCAUAAAUCCGAUCACAGAUGAACGACAGGCCAAUGACGGGGAUGGCGCGGCCUCCGUCUUCCGCGAUUCGACCGCCGACGCAGCAAGGCAUCGCCGGCCUCCGGGCGCCUACUCGGAUGGGCACAGGAAGUCCGUUUCUGGUAUUUGAUAAGACCAAAUAACGAUUACCGUGCGAUCAAAAAAGAAUGUUGAUCGGAAACUUGGAGAUUUAUUUCUUGAAAAUAUUCAUUUCUUCAGGCACUCGACAAGUUUUCGACAAAACUUACUACAUCGGCCUUCUCCGGUCGAAAAUCAACCAACUGAAUGUCGAAAUCGCCCGCCUUUCCGAGCAAAAACAGAUCGGGGACAAGGACCGAGCUGAAUUGUCGGCCUACGAGGCUAGGUUUGCAUUUUCAAGCUUAUUUUUACAGUCUGGUUUAUUUGAAUAUUUGAAUAUUCUAGUAUUUAUUUCAUUCGCAUGCAUAGAACAACUUAAUAUACAAGUGAAGAUUAUUCAGAUCCUUUGAAGUUUUUUUCGAAGGCCCAGUAAAAAAUUAACUUUGGAUUACGUUUUUUUAAAAAUUAAAACGUGUUAGAAACUGGUGCGAAAAAUUGAAAAAGAGGUUCGAAUUAAUCGAAAAAAUUCACCAGCUUGGCAUCUUCAAUAAAUCAUAAAUUUAAAAAUCAAGAAAAAUUUAAUUUUCCAACAGUUUUUGUGAAGAGAAACUGGAAAUCUGCGUAGCUUUUUCAAGUUUAUUUUUCAUUUUGAUCAAUCCCAUUUGCAAAAAGACGGCCUUACGUAGUCGCAUUUAAAAUGGCUCAAUGUGAAGCUUGAACUCGAUUUUUUUGCCAUUCCAAGGCUUCUGGUAACAUUCUGCGCAAGUCGUUUUAAAAUCGGGCGCAUAUUCAAAAUUACCUCGACGCUUUGACGAACAACGCGAUAAAAAUGAGUAUUCUCUGGUGACCAAUGAGUUUCAUAUAUAGCUGAUUCACGACUAUAACCUUGAGACGCAAAAGGGCGUGGCCUGCCUGCGCUCUCCAACAACGAUACACUGUCUCUUUUCUUAUUGUCUCAAGACCUUUUUUUCAAUAUCUCAAGCCAGCCGUGAAUUAGCAAUAUUUCAAAUGCGUUUUUCGAUUCAGAGCCCAAGCAAGCGCUCUGGAAAUUCGAGACCUUCAAGGAAGGCUCAUUGACUUGAAUGUUGUAAGUUUGAAAACUUCUUCCAUCGUCAUAAUUGUUCGGGUAAUAGAUUAUUGAUCGGAUGCACGUCAACGCCGAUAUGUCUGAUAUCGAGUUAGAAGCGAGAAAAAUGAAAGAAAAGGCUGAUGAGGUGGGUUUUUCGAGAAGAGCUUACAAAGAUAUUUGAAAUAUGUCAGAUGGAAGCCGACGUCCAAGAACUCGUCAAUGAACGUCUGGCCAAGGAGAAAGAGGCGGAGCAACUUCAUGCUCAAAUCGAGGAGCAGAAGAAGCUCAACGAGGCGGUCACCACGGCCAUGGUCUUGAUUUUCGAUUUAGUUCAGAAAAAAAAAACCGUUUUUGUGUUUUAUUGCAUUGGUUAUUUGAAAAAGUCUCCUUUUUAACUUCUUAGUAACCUCAGAAUGGUCCCUAGAGGGGCAAACUUAGCGACGCUCCCUUUAGAGGAGCCAAGCUUACGAAAAUGGCCAAUCUAAGGGUUUAGUUAGUAGCCACUUUAGGGAUCAUGCCGCCUAUGAGGCUGUUUUCCUCCGGUCUCUCUUGAGGUCGUUCCUAUGUAGUUGCAGUAAUCUGACCGGUCUGUUCCUCUUCUCUGAUAGUUGAGGUUGUGAAAAAAAAAAAUGAAAAUAGCACGUCAACAUGAGAGCGUGACUUGGGAAAAAAAAAGCGCAGAGAUAACGCAUUUUUGUUUUUUUUUCGGAAUUUACUCUGGAUUUUUCUGUCAGGAUCCCAGCGUCCGUGAACGGUAUGAUGAGCUGAAACAGGAGAGCGAGCUGUUGAAGAAGAGAGUCUCGGAGAUGGAGGCUCAAAUCGAAGAGCUCGAGGAUCGAAAGGCAAAGCUCGAGAUGGAGGUCGACGGGUCGCCUAUGAAGAAAAAAGCGGGUAGAGCCGAUUUUAUGUAUGAACCGCCCACGGGAAGGGAAUUUUACAGUACACCUACAAGAAACGAUCGCUGUGCUCAAGGACAAGCUCGAAGUUUUGGAAAAGGAGAAGGCUUUGACAGUGAGUUUUUAGUCGAAUGACGGCUGUCGAAAAAAAGGGUCCUACCACGAUAGAAAAUAACUGUAUUUGGUGGAGGCGCAGGCAUUGUUUUAGCGUCCUAAACGAUGGCGUGAACAGGCUUUAAGUCUUUAUCCCCGUCGUGAUGCGUUUUUUGCGGUAAAUACCUGCUUUAAACCUGCAACCGACUUAGAACUACUUGCGCGUGGUGGCAUCAAAAAACAUGAGAGCUUGCUCAAAAUCAGAUAGGCGGUUAACUAGCCAUUCUUCGCGUGACCGAAGGAUUUCCAGUCUUUAUAAAAAACCAUCAUUUUUACAGGAGACUCCAGAACAAAAGAAAGAAAAGCUGGUCGAACAAAUGCGACAAAUCAACCAGGACAUUGCCACCAUUGAAAAACAGUUGAGAAAUGGUAUUUUUGUUAUAAUUUGAAACAAAAAACUAGGCACCAGCAAGUGAGGGAACAGAUCGACACGACUUCGGAAGAACUACACGAGUAUGAUGCUCACGGCGGCGAAUCUCAGCAGUGUUGGUGACUUUUUGGAUAAUUUUAAUGAACAUAUUUUCAGUGAAGAACCACACGAAAUACCUGGAACUGAUGGUCAAGGACCAUCAAAUCGACGAAAUGCUCAGGAACUAUCCCAAACAGUAUCCCUUGCUACAGAGCGAACUUGAAGAAUACUCGGGCGCCAUUUUGAUGAUUCUUCGGAAGAUUUCGGCCAAUGUUAAAAAGGUUUUUCUUCAGUUGGGGCAAAGUUUUCCGUUUUAUCUUUUUUCAGGAAUUUUCCUAGGAGCAUAUUUGAAAGAUUGAGUGGAAUCGAGUUGAUAAGAUACACGUACUUUAAACCAGUUCUUUAUUCGAAUUUGCAACAACUUACGUAACAAAUGCAUGUGAAAAAAGCUUUCAUAUUUUUUUUUUAGAAAUAUAAGGAUUUGGACUGAAUAUCUAGACUUCAUAGAAGAUUGAAAAAAAAAAACGUAUACAGAUAGAAAAAUGUCGGUUUAGACAGUGCUUUUUGAGAUUCUCAGAUAAAUCAGAAAAAUAACCUCUGAACUUUACAAGACUUUCCACAGAAAGAAAACAAAGAGCAUUCCUGAACACCUUUUUUCUUUUUCCCAGUCUUUUUCCAUUCUUCAAGCCAAUUCUUCAGGUUGACCUUGGAGCCAAUAUCACCGAUAUCGAUGAAGAAGGACUCAAAAUGAAGCUUCGCGGGAACGGCAACAUCAGCGAGUUGAAAGACGGUUCUGUAUCUCCCACUUUCUAUUGACAUUCACUGUUCAGCGCAUGUCCGAUUGCAAGAGGAGCUUAUCAUGCUCGGCGAUAUGGAAAUGUCGCUCAGGGCCGACAUCAGGAACCUCGCCGAGAGCGCUACUGUCUCGAAUCAGAAGAUCCAAGAAUAUCGCAGAGAAGAGGAGACUUUGAACGACACCGAGCAUGAAGUUCAGGUCCGAAACUUCUCAGAAAAAUGCCAUAGCUUUGCAAUUUUUAAGCAGCUAGAACAAAAGCGAUCACAACUCCGCGCCCAAGAGCCUGAACUAUCCAGAAAAGUCAAAGACUUGAAACGAAUGAUUACCGACAUUCGGAAUGAGCUCGAGUCCCUUCCCAACUAUGGAAAGGUUACUCGAAAAAAAAAAACUUUCACCAAUUUUUAUAUUUAGAUCAAAGGACUGGAGAAAAAGCUGAAGAUGCUGAAGGAAAGCAACGCGGAGAAGCAGGCCGAAAUCGAUGCGACCAAAGCCCAAACCAAUUACCAACCGAUCAAAGCCGAGGUUUGAAAUCCACGAAAUUUCCACCUUAUUAAUUCUUCUAGGUUUUGCGGAUGCAAGCCGAAUACAACGCCUAUCUGAUCGCUAACAUGGCGAAGCGCAAUUGA